CUCAGUUCUCCACUCCCUGCGUUUCCUGAGCGUGACCAUGUCAGAACCUGGCCUGGGGGUCCCCCAGUAUGUGGCUGUGGGGUACCUGGACGGGAUCCCCUUCCAGCGCUACGACAGCGAGCGGGGCCGGGCGGAGCCGCAGACGCCGUGGAUGGCGGCCGGAGCCGAGCCGGGAUAUUGGGAUAGAGAGACCCAGAUCCACAGGGGGAACCAGCACGUGGCCAUCACCAACGUGGAGACGCUGCGGGGCCGGUACAACCAGAGCGGGGGUCUCCACACGCUGCAGCGGGUUUGUGGCUGUGACCUCCUGUCCAACGGGAGCAUCCACAGAACCCUUCGGUACGGCUACGACGGGCGGGAUUUCAUCUCCUUCGACCUGGGAUCCGGGAGCUUCGUGGUGGCCGACAGAGCUGCCCAGAUCACCCAGAGGCGCUGGAAAUCCAAAGGGUACGAGGCUCUUCAGCACGAGCUGGCACAGAGCUGUGUGGAAGAGCUCCAGAAAUACAUCAGAUGUGGGCAGGAGGCGCUGGAGCGCAAAGAGCCCCCCGAUGUCCAUGUGUCCGGGAAAGAGGAACACGGGAUCCUGACGUUGUCCUGCCACGCGUACGGAUUCUACCCCGGGAUGAUCGGGAUCAACUGGCUGAAGGGGGAUGAACUGCGGGAUCAGGAGACGGAGUGGGGCGGGAUCGUUCCCAACAGCGACGGCACCUUCCACAGCUGGGCCAGGAUCGAGGCGCUGCCGGGGGAGCGGGAGCAGUACCGGUGCUGGGUGGAGCACGCCGGAAUGCCGGAGCCCGGGAUCUUCGCCUGGGUGCUGGUCGCUGUGUCUGUCGGCACUGCCAUCAUCAUCAUCAUCAUCAUCAUCGGCCUCAUCGGAUUCAGUGUCUGGAAGCUCCGAUCCGGGAAGAGGGAGGGGAAUGGAUACAACAUGGCCACCAGAACAGACACAGGAACCAACAGGUUCCCCACAGAGGUGCCAAAAUUCAGAGCCAUUCCUGUUGUCACUCUGGUUCUCCAGCAACGUUUCUCUUCCAUCCCCUCCAAGGGAUCCCUCAGGAAAAGAACCUUUUGCUGUGCCUCGGGAGCAGGUCGUGACACGGGCUCCGACAGAGUCACGCGCAGGGAGCGCCGGAAGGGCAGAACUGGGGGAACAGUGGGUUGGGUCUGGCAGGAUGCUCUGCCCUCAUAAGGCCUAAAAUGCAGUCAGAGAAUCCAAACAAUCCAACUGUCUGUGCUGAGCUACCCCUGGUGCCAAGGGGCUGCUUUAGUGUUGGACUGUGCUAAAACCAGCCUGGUUCACAACUGCAAACACCCCCCCUGCUUUUGGAAGCAGGAUUUGACAGAUAAGCUGCUGGCUGGCCUGGAGAAAUGGCACUGGCAGUCCAUCACUUUAUAACUUAAAAGCCCAGUCCAACUUUCACAUGGCAGAUUCUUCCACAGACUUUCUUGGAGUGUGUGGAGCUUCUCCUGUGGAGCAGGGACAGCACUUUGUGGUUACUCAGGGGUUAAGUUGUGUGGUGAGUUACAUCAGUCUCUAGGUGAAGAUUGUUUCUUUUUGCCUGCUCUGAUAAAAUUGGAUUUGGAAUUACUUUGAUACAGUGCAUUAUUUUAUGCUGUUUUAUACUCUAUGAGUAGGUUUUAGCUUUUACACUCUAUAGUAAAUAAUUCUGAUCAAGGUCUUUUGUCUGUUCGCUCAUCUGUUUAUU